CUCCAUCAUUGACUCUUCAUCUCAACCUUUGCACCCUCUUCAACCCAGGAUGGUUGUUCUGUCCCAGCCCCAUCACUUCAAACCCUUUUUGCAGCUGCCCCUUUUGGUAGCCUUUGCGGCAUGUUGUGUCGCCAUCAAGCCAUUAGGAGAAUGGACGCGGGUAAAGACUAAGGAUGUCAGGGAAGUCGAGCUGAUCAAGAAAGGACCUCGACUUGGCUUCAAUGGGAUCAAGAGCGGCAAUAUACAGAGAGGGAUGGCGCACUCCGUUCGAGACCAUUUCGGCACAGAGAUGCCCCCGGUCGUGCAAGCUGUGACAGGAUUUCGAAAGUCGAACGAGAUUCCAUACACGCACUUCCGAGCCAAAGUAUGGGACAGGAACAUCAAGACCAAGACAUGGGACGAAGUACCUGGGACAGGUCCUGAUGGUACUCAUGUCAUUGCCUUGCCUCACAAUCGGGACUUUACCACUCCAGAAGGCGCUCUUUUCACCUCAAAGGAGGUUGCGCGCUCAUACGCAACGGUACCGGACACAAAGAAACCAACACUGCCGACUUGGAUCCAUCUCAAUAAGCUAGAUCAGCAUGGCGACGUCGUUGGCGAGGUGAUCGCUGCACCGCCAAGGUUGCAUACCGGAGGCAUCAGGUCGAAAAGCAAGCCAAUGAUGUGGCACGGGUACGAAGGCGAGCUCGCCCAGACGCACCGCAAUCACUUUCCCCCCAUCACCAGAAGCGCAGUAGGCAGCCGCCUUCCUCACGUGCGAGAGAUUGCAAGGCAAACGCGUCUCAAUCGGACCAUCUCAAAGAAUCGUAGCGGUAGCACCAUGGGUCCUUUCCUUGGUGUUGGUCACCGCAAGCUGCACAAUCGUGAGAAGGUCGAGGAAGCAGCGUGGUCGCGGAAUAGUGCUGGCGCGCCAUCGCAGAGAUCGCCUGCCAGACAACAGGAAGACCCCACUGUUGCCGCACACAGCAAUCAGGGUGCAAUUUUCCCGCUGCAAUCGGAUGGCACCCCAGCUCUUUCGGAGUUUCGGGCUGGUCCUUGA